AGGGGGAAAUACUAAAGGAGGAGGUGAAAGUUCGAAGAAGAGGAAGAACAGCGACCGCUUCUCUUUCCUCUCUCUCUCACACAACCCAAACACUGCGUUUAUUUGAGACAGAUAUGUGAGUCCCCCCAAAGCCUCCAUUUUCAAUUUUAUAUAUUGUGUGCAACUUCCAUCUUUCAUUUUCCACAAGGUGAUUGCAAAAACACUCACUGCAAAGAGCAACAAAGAGAAAGUAAAGGAGCGAAAGAGAAAGAAAGAGACGACAGAAGACAGAGCGACAACACAGAGAGAGAAAGAGAGAGAGAGAGAGAGAGAGAAAGAGAGCGUGUAGUGUGUGUGUAUAUGUAUGAGAGUGUCCCUCAGAUAGGUAGAUAGAGAGAGAGUGGAGGAAUUCAAGAAGCUUUCAAUACCACAGAAGGGAAAACGAUGUCUGAGAGCUUCACAUCCUUUCAUACCCUUCACCUCUAAGAGGUACAUAUAUGUGUAUCUAGACAUAUAUAUGUGUAUAUAUUAUAUAUAUACAAGAGAUGAUGAACAAAGGUGAAAGUGAUGAUGAAAUGAAAAUUACCAUUUAGAUUCGUUUAUUCCAGCACGAUCCUUGAUCAAUUCGAUUAGUGACAAGGCGAAGGCGAGGGAGAGGAUGAUGAUAAAGAUGAUGAGUAAGAUCUUAGCAUGGGAAUAGCAACACCCUCUUCUUCCCUUCCUUCUAUUAUUUCUCACCCCAAGACACACCAGCAACACCAUUCCAAUUCUAUGUCCCAAGACUACGGCCAUCACCAAGGAAUCUUCAGCUUCCCGAAUGGGUUCCAGAGAUCGGCUACAACCAUGAGUCACCAAGACCCUCACCAACAACAACAGCAGCACCAGCAGAUUCGUAGGGACAAAGUGAGGGUGCAAGGCUUCGAGCCACAACAAACUUUGGUCCCCAUAGAGGAAGACGAACCGGGAAGCCUCCCUGUGUACGAAACCGCGGGUAUGUUAUCGGAGAUGUUCACUUUCCCUCCCGGCGCCGCCACGGAAUUAUUGGAGCAACAGCAACAACAGGCACAGCAGCAACAAUCAAUGACGACGACGUUUCGAUCGUCGGCAAGAGCAGUGGGCAGUGGUGGCAGCGAGUGGUACGGAAACAGACAAGGGAUGCUAACCGGGUUGGGACCGUUGGGAGAUUCCAAGAAUCAUCAUCAUCAUGGCAGUGUGAAUAGCCGUGACAGUAGCAGCAGCAGCAUAGUUCAGCAUCAACAUCAUCAUCAUCACCACAACCACCAUCAUCAGCAUCAGAUGUCAAGCAUUAAUGCAGACUCAGCAGCUGCCAUGCAGCUUUUUCUCAUGAACCCGCAAAGCACCAGAUCCCCUUCUCCCCCUCCGCCUCCUUCUUCCACUCUCCACAUGUUACUUCCCACGUUUCCUCCGGGCUCAGGAGGGUCUUUUGGUCAAUUCACGUGGCUCCCUGACACUGCUCAAGAUGGAGGAGGACCCAGUACGGUUGUGGAAGGCCCCGGUCACGGCCAAGGUCUUUCCUUAUCCUUGUCCUCCUCCUUAGAAGCUGCGAAAGCGGAGGAACUUAGGAUGGGGGAUAGUGGGUUUUUGUAUUACAAUCAAGCUAGUGGAGGACCCUCUUCCUAUAAGAGUGCUCUUGGGGGUCAUCACCACCAAGCAUUGUUGGGACAGACCCACCAGGGGCAUGUUGGCUUUGCGCCAUCAUCCUCCACAUCAUCCUUAGGUGUUGUCAACGCCUUGAGGAAUUCCAAGUAUAUUAAGGCUGCUCAGGAAUUGCUUGAAGAGUUUUGCAGUGUUGGGAGGGGCCAGUUCAAGAAGAACAAGUUCAAUAGGCAACUCUCAAACCCUAGCUCCAAUCUUGGAGCUAGUGGCGGCGGUGGCGGCGGUGCUUCCUCGUCUUUAUCAAAGGAUGUUCCUCCUUUGUCAGCAGCUGAUAGGAUUGAGCAUCAAAGGAGGAAGGUCAAACUUCUAACAAUGCUUGACGAGGUAGAUCGGAGAUACAGCCACUACUGCGAGCAAAUGCACAUGGUGGUGAACUCGUUUGACAUGGUGAUGGGUUUUGGUGCUGCUGUGCCAUACACAGCACUUGCGCAGAAAGCAAUGUCUCGUCACUUUAGGUGUCUAAAGGAUGCCAUAACAGCGCAACUGAAGCAUAGUUGUGAGCUGUUGGGAGAGAAAGAUGGGGCAGGGAACUCAGGGUUGACCAAAGGAGAGACCCCAAGGCUGAAGAUGCUUGAACAAAGUCUGAGACAGCAAAGAGCGUUUCACCAAAUGGGGAUGAUGGAACAGGAAGCUUGGAGACCCCAGAGAGGGUUGCCAGAACGAUCUGUCAACAUUUUGAGAGCCUGGCUUUUCGAGCAUUUCCUUCAUCCGUACCCAAGCGAUGCAGAUAAGCAUCUGUUGGCACGACAGACUGGGCUAUCGAGAAAUCAGGUAUCAAACUGGUUCAUUAAUGCAAGGGUUCGAUUGUGGAAACCCAUGGUAGAAGACAUGUACCAACAAGAACUCAAGGAAGCUGAAGGGGCAGAAGAGGAAAGAGAGAGGAACCAAAGCAGCAGCAAUAACAGUGGCCACCAACUGGCACAAACCCCAACGCCCUCCACCACGGCAUCGACAGCAACAGCGCCACCACCGCCUCCAACAACAUCGACAGCGACGACACCACCAACAGCCAAAAGAUCCGACACCGAAAGCGACCCUUCACUCGCCCCAAUAAAUAACAACAGGCCACAGGGAGCCUUCUCGGAAACACAACCCAACUCCUCCACCACCGCCACCGCAUCUGAGGUGGCGCCGCCCUCGGAGCUUCCCCGGUCGAUGGGGGCUGAUGACUCCUGCCGACACGGUAGCCUCGUUGCGACGGAGUUUGGGACUGGUCCCGGCGCUUCUGACAUUGGUUCGACACUGAUUAGGUUUGGGACCACCGCAGGUGACGUGUCACUGACACUAGGGCUACGCCACGCCGGGAACAUGCCGGAGAAAACUCCGUUCUCCGUUAGGGACUUUGGAGGCAUUUAAACUUAAUCAAUCCCCUCUAUUACUUCACAUGAUCAUAAAGAUAAUAAUGAUACGUAUAGGAGGUUGCUUUAUUAUUACUAUUUUAUUUUUACUUUUAUUAUUAUAAUAAUAUGAUUAUUAUGAUAUGAUA